AUGUGCGAUGGCUCGCAGCAGCAGCAGCAGCAGGUGUUCAACGAUGAAAUGUAGGUAUUUGACCCGAAAACACCCGUAGGCAGAAAGGAGCGCGUUUCGUUUGUGGAAAAUUUGCGUGAAUACUGCCUCAACACCACCAUCCACGGGCUGAAGUACGUCGGAACCGUUUCGCUGACGCUCUGGGAACGUGCCUAUUUUUUUCUUACCUUCAUCGUCGUCACGGCAUGUGCGGUCUACUUCAUCUCAAACGUGUACAUCAAAUGGCAAUCGUCACCGAUUAUCAUUGGGCUGAACCCAAUUGCGACGCCCAUCAAGGACAUACCGUUUCCGGCGGUCACGAUCUGUAAUAUGAACCAGAUCCGUCGAGAGGCCGCCGACCGCAUCGAGGCACAUACGCUCGAGCAAACGGUACUGCAAGCCAUCUGCUCCAUCGAUGGGGAUCUCAAUACCACGGAGUACGAAGGAAAGUGGUCCGCCGUUAAGAAGUUGCUGUUGAGUGUAGGUCGUCGAAGCUGGGCCACACAGCCCUGCUCCGGGAUGUUGAAAGCCUGCCGGUAUGCAAAGCAGACGGAAAAAUGUACGGAGAUCUUCCAGUCCGUGCUAACCGACGAGGGUUUAUGCUGUACGUUCAAUACGCUCGAUGCGGCGUACAUGUUUCAGGAGGCGGGUACGAUAAACAUAUUUCCUGCAGAUGGGACAGCAUCGACGGGUGCCGAUAGUACGAGUCGUUUCCGGCCACUGCUCUGGACCCCAGAAACGGGUUUCGAGGAGGAGCCAACGAAUGCGACCUACCCACGUGCCAUUCCGGGCCCGGGUGUUUCGAUGGGGUUGGCCAUGGUGCUGGAUGCGAACGUUAGCGAUUACUACUGCUCAUCCACCUCCUCGACGGGGUUCAAGAUCAUCUUUCACAGUCCUACCGAGACGCCCAAAAUCACCGAAUACGCACAGUAUAUUCCGGUCGGGUCGGAAAAUCGGAUCAUCAUUACACCAAAGAUCAACGAUGCUGCUCGGCAGAUUCGAAAAAUCGCUCAAGCACAGCGACAAUGUGUGUUCGCUAGUGAGGCAAACCUGUCCUACUAUCGGGUGUACUCGCGCAACAACUGUGAGCUCGAGUGCGAGGCAAAGCUGAUCCUGGAAAACUGUGGCUGUGUGCUGUACUUUCUACCAAAGCUGUACGAGGACACGAAGAUCUGUAGCCGGGCCGAUGCACGAUGCUACGAGCUGAUCCGCAACUCGAUCGCAUUUACUUUAAACGCCAGCAUUAGCUGCUCCUGUCUGCCCGGAUGCUUCGAGAUUAGUUACGUUCCGGAUCUAACCUCGGCCGAGUUACACGUGGGUCAAUUUGGCAUCCGAGAAACGAUGCUGAACGAUGUGAAAGAUGAGAAAUAUGCCAAAGAAAACCUUGCCCUCGUGUACGUGUUCGUGAAGGAUACCUACUAUCGGAGCUUCACCAAGGGAGAGCUGGUUGGAUUUACGGACUUCUUGUCUAACGUAGGCGGUCUCUUGGGACUGUUUCUUGGCUUUUCGAUCAUUUCACUGAUCGAGGUGAUCUACUUCGUGACACUGCGCCCAUACUCUGCACGACGCAGACAGUGCUUUAAUCGUAAUCGACAAGAUGUAACGGAAACGAAUCGGACAAUUGGCUCCCGUCGUGAAUUCCUGAAGUUUGCACCCAAACCACAAGUGCAGUUUGUUGGACUUCCCAGUGACUAUAGUAUCGACGGCAAUCGAUGGCAACGAGAUCGCAACAACAGCAACACAAUGGUAACUGAGCUCACCGCUAAGCUAAAGCAUGUUGUUCACUCUCGAAUGCAACAGGCUGGCGGCUGGAUGCGUGAUACGUUUCGCUUCCGGAAGGGUCAACAUGGCAUGGAACGCUCCACGCAUGCAGGUACCAUCUAUCCGUUUUACGAGUAA